AUGUGUGGUGAUAUGAUCGACCGAGAACAAUUGCCUUCUGUACUAUUCGAAGAACCAGCCCGAAAAUCGAGAAGAUUUAGUAGUAAGCACAUUGGAUGUGUUUACAGUGGAAUGGGACCAGAUUUUCGAAUUCUGGUUAAACGGGCCCGAAAGAUAGCGAUGGAAUAUGAAAUGAUGUACGGAGAGGAGAUUCCCACCACUCAACUGGUUACACAGAUUGCAGCCGUGAUGCAAGAGUACACACAGUCGGGUGGUGUACGUCCUUUUGGUGUGUCAUUGCUGAUUGCUGGCUGGGAUAAGACUCCAGGUCGACCACUUUUAUUCCAGAGCGAUCCAUCCGGAGCCUAUUUUGCGUGGAAGGCGACAGCUCUUGGCAAGAAUGAUGUGAAUGCCAAAACAUUCCUAGAAAAGAGGUACAGCGAGGCUCUAGAGCUCGACGAUGGCAUUCAUACAGCUCUGCUCACUCUGCGGGAAUCUUUCGACGUUGGUAUGACAGAGGAUAAUGUUGAGGUGGCUAUUUGUAAUGCGAAAGGCUUUCAACGCCUCACCAAGCAACAGGUUAAGGAUCACCUCGGAGCUCUGUAA